GAUGUGAAAAACUGUAACAGAGACAGAAAGAAGGAAUAGCUACAAAAUAACACGUUGCAUGAAAAAACACAAACACACAAACACACAAACACACGAAACAUCCCGGAGAGUUACAGAAUACCAUGCUGGAAGCGCUGUAAAGGCUCCCAUCGCUGAGAGAUCGUGAUGAUGUCAGAGUCAGUAAAGGGUGAGGCUGGUGUUGCAGGGGGAGGGGGGGGGCAUGGGGCUGGCUGCGCCACGGCAACCACUGUUGCUAAGAACCUGGCCUUCCUGAAGGCGCGCUCGAUGGACGUGAACUUUGAGGUUGGCGAUGAGUAUGACAUCAUCGAGACCAUCGGCACAGGAGCCUAUGGGGUGGUGUCCUCGGCCAGGAGGCGGUCCACAGGCCAGCAGGUGGCGAUCAAGAAGAUUCCGAACGCCUUCGACGUCGUGACGAACGCCAAGAGGACCCUGAGGGAGCUGAAGAUCCUGAAGCACUUCAACCACGACAACAUAAUUGCAAUCAAAGACAUCCUGAGACCUAACGUGCCACAUGCAGACUUCAAAUCCGUGUAUGUGGUCCUGGAUCUCAUGGAAAGCGACCUGCACCAGAUCAUCCACUCCCAGCAGCCUCUGAGCCAAGAGCAUGCCCGCUACUUCCUGUACCAGCUCUUGAGAGGCCUCAAAUACAUUCACUCUGCCAAUGUGAUCCACCGCGACCUCAAACCGUCGAACCUGCUGGUCAACGAGAACUGUGAGCUGAAGAUCGGGGACUUCGGCAUGGCCAGGGGCCUGUGCACCCAGCCCGAUGAGUACAAAUACUUUAUGACUGAGUACGUGGCCACCAGGUGGUACCGGGCCCCAGAACUGAUGCUCUCCCUUCACAAGUACACCCAAGCGAUCGACAUGUGGUCCGUCGGCUGUAUUUUCGCGGAGAUGCUGGGGAGGAGACAGCUUUUCCCCGGGAAGAACUACAUCCAUCAGCUGCAGCUCAUCAUGUCCGUGUUGGGGACCCCCUCCGAUGAGGUGAUCCUGUCGAUUGGAGCGGAGCGGGUGCGUUCGUACAUCCAGAGCCUCCCCUCCCGGGACCCCCUGCCCUGGGAGCGGCUCUUCGAGGGGGCAGACAGCGCCGCUCUGGACCUGCUGGCACGCAUGCUGAAGUUUGACCCCGCGGAGCGUGUCUCUGUGGCUCAGGCGCUGCGCCACCCCUUCCUGAGCAAGUAUCAUGACCCGGAGGACGAGCCAGGCUGCGUGCCCGCCCCCCCCCCCCCCCAGCAAGGUUUUAGAUUGCACAGCGACAGCCAAGUGUUGACUAAAGACCAGAUCAAAUCAGCUAUCUUAGAAGAAAUUGAGGAUUUCCACCAGAAAAGAGAAGGCAUACGGCGGCGAAUCAGCUUCAAGCCUUUCCUAAAGCCCGCCCCCAGCAGCCAGCCUCAGACUCAGCAAGCCACGCCCCCUCCAGCCCCUGCCGGUUGCCAUGACGUAGACAUGCCCAGCGCCAGUUCCGACUGCAGCCAAUUGGAAACAAUCGAUUUGACUUCACCAGCAGGGGAGGGGCAGGAGGAGGGGCCUGAGCUGGCCACUCCGGCUCCGCCCCCUGUCCCUGUUCAGGUUCCGGCUCCUCCCCCGGGUUCCGGGGUCUCCAGGCAACCCCCCGAAGAGGCGGAGCAGCAGAGGGGCAAAGCUGUGAAGGCAGAAACAGACCCCGCCCCUAAAAGGGAGGGCGCGAUUUCAGACGACACUAAAGCAGCCCUGAAGGCAGCUCUAUUGAAAUCUGCACUCCGGCAGAAAAUUAAAGACAAUGCCGGGGGUCCUUCAGGGGGGAACUCUACAGAUGGAGGCAUCGCUGCUGGUGGGGUGCUGGGGCCCGGAGGCUGUUGCACUGUGGGAGGAGGAGGAGGAGGAGGAGGAGGAGGGGGGGGCACCCUGGGGGGUGCGACCGACCCCCGCAAGCCGGUCACAGCCCAGGAGCGCCAGCGAGAGAGAGAGGAGAAGAGGCGCAGGAGGCAGGAGCGAGCGAGGGAGCGGGAGAGGAGGCAGAAGGAGAGGGAGAGGAAGGAGGGAGGGGGCAGGUCCCGGGGGCAGGAGGGCGGAGAGGGGGACAGCCUGGGGGGGGUGAUCCUGAGCGAGAACGACAGGAACCUGCUGGAACGCUGGCGCAAAAUGAUGGACAGCGGCAACUGCAGCCGAGAGCAAGGGGGCGGGGCCAAGGAACCCAAGGGGGCGGCGGCCACCCCGCCCACCAACCCACAGGCCACGCCCACUCCGGUGUCAGCCAAUCAGGAGCUCCUGAAGCUGCAAGGAUUGCUAGGCAACGGGGUUCCCUUGGCGAAACCAGCUCGGCUCGGCGUCCUAAGCUUCCAGGAGAAGCUGCCAACAACAGCAGGCUCCGGGUUAAGCCUGGGGGCUGGAGUUUCGAGGCUGCCCAUGACCGGCGCACUCAACUCGGGGCAGCCGGCCACCGUGCAGCCCCCCGAACCGCAACCCCAGAAUCUAGUGCACUACUUCCCCUCCCGGGCUCCGCAGAGCAAUUUCCUCAACCAGGCAGCCCAGCCAGGCCCGGUUCUGGCUUCCAGCGCCGUUGCCGGUCCUGAAAACGGAUCUGACAAAGUUCCGCAGCUGCCCGAAUUCCAGCGCAACCCCCCGCUUUUCACCCCCAGCUUCGCCCCCCUGCCUGCCUGGGCCAGGACCCCCCCCCAGCAGCCCAAUCUGAUCCCCCAAAACAGACCCCAGAUCGAGACUUUCGGGGCGCCCCCAACUCCCACCGUAACCCAGCCGGGGCAGCUCAACCUGGGCAUGUUCCUGGGGAAAGCGCCAGGCUUGGCAGCCAGGGAAAGCCUGGGGUUGGGAAACGUGGUUGGGACGGGGUUUUUGAACGGCAGCGCCCCCAAAUUCACCGCCCCUGGGUUCCCUAGCGCACCCCAGGCCUCGGUUAAGCUGUCCCAGCCUCACGCCAACACUGGCUCCUCGCUGGGGCCUCAACAGCGCCACCUGUUGGCCGUUUCCUCUACAGACACGCCCCCCGCCGGCUCUCCAGACAUCCACACCGUCACUCUGCAGCUCUCCAAGUCACAGGUUGAAGACUUGCUGCCCCCUGUUUUCUCGGUGACCCCCAAAGGCAGCGGCGCGGGGUACGGAGUGGGGUUCGAUCUGGAGGAAUUCCUCAACCAGUCCUUCGAGAUGGUCUCGGAGAAUAGAGACAGCCAUUCUGACUCCACCCCCCUGUCCGCCUCCCUGCUUGCUGAUUGGCUGGAAGUGCACAGAAUGAAUCCCGCCGACAUGGAAUCGCUGCAACAGGAGCUGCAGCUGGGCUCUCCCAUGAUCCUCUCUGAUAUCCCAGAUCUCCAAGACUCCUGAUUGGGCCGCAGCAGGAAAGAGGGCGGGGCCUUUCCAGAACUUUCAAACUUUGCACGAAUCAAUUCGUAAGCGAAUGACUGACUGAGUGACUGUGCGCCCAACUAGAAAAUGAGACUUUU